GCUGGUCCGGGUACCGCCGCCUCCGACCAAAAAGAAAACGCAAGCGGACGACAUGUUUUUCGUGACCGUGAAGGAGAUGGAUAUGUUCUGUUGGCAGUAUCUGCCGACAUGACCGAUGUCGAGAAACUGUCGAUCCUCGACAAUAUUCUCGCACUAAGGGGAGUGUUCGUGCAAUUGGCAAGCGAACAUCUUAAACGUCAACAUAAACCUGGAAUUAAAGACAUGGUCGCGAUGAGGAAUGGGGACCGCGUGAUGCUCCGGAUGUUUCACUACAUCUUGUUCCUUGAAACGGAGGAGGCCGAAGGUGUUUGGCGGUACGGGAGCCUUUUUUUCCGGACCGAGGGGCGGCUUUUGGAGGAGUUCGGGCCGCAGGGCCUCACUCGACGAGUGUGGGCAGAACUGCGAAAGCAUUUCCAGGGCGCGGUGGAGUACGUGAACACUUGCAAACGUACUCUUCUGCACGAGAAGGAGUCCCUUGACGACGCGAAGAGAUUGUACGAGAAUGACAGGUUCCGUAAAUCUUUCGAAAAGUCUGUCCGUUCCAUCUUACGAUGGACGGAAGAAGUUCGAGACACGAUCAAGGUCAGCGGGGAUGUGAGGCACAUCAAAUGGCCCAACCUCAACCGGGUGACCAGCCUUAUUCCUUUCGCUUUCCCUCCUUCCCAAGCUCACAGUCAUAUCACUGAGAUUCGUGAGAUUGUGCGACAUUACGUGUGCAACCUGUACGUCCUCGAUUUGUGUGAUCCCACACUCCUCUCAGACUGGCGAGAAGACGAUUUCGCCAACUUGCAAGGCGUUCUCCAAACACUGUCGCCAACGCACUGGGCACUUGUAGUUUUUUUCCCAUCUCGACGGGAGCUCAGUUUCUUGAAAGGCAUGGUCAGGCAUAACGUCCAUCACGUCAGGACAGGAAAGUGGGUGCGCCAUGCACAAAAGCAGGCUACUGUCUGGGAAGGCAAUAUACCGAUUGAGGAGUGUGACCGCCUGUACGUGAUUUUCAAUGGCGAGAACCUGGCAGACAACACAGUGGCAGUCUACCCGGCCAGUAGCCCGACAAAGGCCUCCCGUACUCAUGGUCUAAGUCCGGCCAAACACGCGCUGGCAGCCCGCUCGAAAGCUGUUUGUUCGUCGGACCCAUCAGGACAGGUUGUGGCGUGUUUCGACGUGGCAGAAGAGGAAAGGUUCUCUCGUAGCAUGUGGGAGGACGGCGGCGUGACAAGUGUUCGUGGAGCUGCUUACGGGGAGAUGGAGCGGAACCCGUCGCAUCUACUUGGUCUACUCGAAAACUUUUGCAAAGCUGGGCAAACUGUUUUUUUCUUUGGGGAGGGGCAUGCGUCUGUCGUGUGGGAGCUCCUGCGCACCGGUCGGAACGUCGUCGCAUUGGAGAACGAGGCGAAGACGAUCGAUUACCUUCGCGAGUUCAUGAAGACACGCGUGGCAGACACUCGCAAUGAUUGCGAGUUUGUCCAGACCACCGGCAAACGAAACGGGGAUCCCAAACGUGACAUGUAUUGGAAAUUGCCGGGGAACAAAAGGACGGAGGUUUGGGACUUCCUUUUCCAACCCAAACCACCAUCUCAGACCGACCUCGAAUGCAGUCGACGGAAAAACCUGGUGUUCGGUGUGCUGAAUGGGUGCCACGAUGCACCCAGGGAGUAUGUCUCGCAUUUACUGAGAAGGCUGGAGCACGUUUACUUCAUGCUGGCUGAACCACUCACCCUCGAAAACUACAAGGCACAGUUUGACGAGGAGGACCCUUUCGACGCUGAAGACAUGGAGGAGUUGAGCGACCCUGAAACCUUCGAUUUCGAGUCCAUGCCACUUCCUCGGGUGGUUGGACAGGUUGGUGAUGAAGGGGAAGGUGGUCCUCGGAGAUACAGCACGUCCCCUUCCGGUUUGAAGCGUGUGUUUCUUCGCGAACCAGUCGACGACCAAUCGUCUGAUGACGGGGAGGAAGAGAGAGACUAUGAUCACGAACCUUGUGACAAGCUCCCUGUGGACCAUGACACCUGGCAGAAUGACAGACUCUACUUCUUCGGCAAGCAUCACCGGUUCACGUCGGAGGAUGUCUGGGGACACAACGUCGUCUGGCACCCGAGGAUAUUCCAACCUGCUGUGAAGAAUGGAAUAUGGGUCAUGGCAAUUAAGGAGGCCAAUGGCAAGUGGAGUGGAAUGAAGAGACUCGGAGCUGGUGCAUUAAAGAGAACGGCGAGACAUGCUCUGGUGGAGAAUUUAAGUCUUAUGAACCCCGAAAAGAGCGAUCCGGACGUCACUGCGUAUGCAAAACAAAAGCUAAAGGCACCAUCUCGUGGUAUUGACUGGCGCAUGCCGCAACCUCCAUCGGGCGGUCAGCAUCUGGGAGAGGGUGGAGGAGGAGAGGAAGGAGACGGCGGAGGUGGCGGAGGAGACGGCUCACAGUUUGCCGGAAAGGGGACGGGCGAGACAUCGUCGGGAGAGAAGGCGUCCGGCGAAAAGGGGUCAGGCGGAAAGGACUUGGGCGGAAAGGGGUCGGGCGGGAAGGGGUCGGGCGAGAAGGGGUCGGGCGGGAAGGGGUCGGGCGGGAAGGGGUCGGGCGGAAAGCGUAGAACGUCCCCAUUGGACACAGGGUUCCCCUGCUCACCUCCAUUCCCAUAUGUUGAGACUCGAGACUGGCGGUCUCGCGACGUGCUAGAGGGGCCCGUUGCUGGAGUGUUGGAGACCGGGGGUGGCGAGUACGAGGAGGAGACGAGGGAGGGUGUGCCAGUCGACGUUGGCAGCAAGAGUGCAGCGGCUCCUGAGGAAGAGGAGCGCUCUCCGGGAACGCGUGCUGUACAGCGGGAAGAGGAAACUCAACGCUGGCAGUCUCGCGAAGUGUUGGAGACCGGGGGUAGCGAGUGUGAACGUCAUGCUUCGGAGAGUGCGUCCGUGGACACUAACAGCGAGAGUGCAGCAGCUCCGGGGGAAACGCAUGCUCUGCAGCGGGAAGAGGAGAUUCAACCCUGGCCGGCUCGUGAAGUCGUGAAGGGGCUCGACGCAGGAGUGGUGGUGAUCGGGACGUCCAAAGAUGUUCUGCACAAUCGUUCGGUUGUGCCCACGACGCGAGAGGGUGUCGUUAAGGGAGGUCAGUGGACGUUCGUGCAAGCUGUUCUUGGCGAUGAUGAAGGCGAAGAAGAACCCAUGGUGGAAGCUCGGGUUCAUAGCGAUGAGAAAGGCGGAGAACCCAUGGUGGAAGGCAGUGAGGUGACGGUGGGCAUCCUGACGGAUCCACAACAGAAAGAUGAUGAUUCUUCGCCCACCCGUUGCGGUGAAGAACAGGGUGGUCGAGCGUUUGUCCUCAGCACCGCUCGGGGAAUGGUGCUUUAUGAAGCCAUAGAGUUGGGUGACGACUCGGCUGCCACCGAGCUGGUUAGCGACUCAAGCAUGGCCGAGACGCAGAACGUCGAAUCCUCCGUGGAAGGCGGUGAGGUGGCCGUCAGCAUCAAGAUGGAUCGAGAGCGGAAAGAUCAGUAUUCUCCGUCCACCCGUUGCGGUGCAGAACAGGGUGAUCGGGCGUCUGUCCUCAGUACCGGUCGGGAAAUGGUGCUUCAUGAAGCCAUCGACUUGCCUAGCGACUCAGCUGCCACUGAGCUAGUUUGGGACACCGUCGUGACCGAGGCGCAGAACGUCUAUUUGUCUGUGGACGUUGGCGCAGUGGCGCGACAGGAGGGCGAGUUCCCUCGAAGGGCUCCCGAGCACGUUGAGGCUACAUCAUGUUUUCGCGUUCCCUUGCCUACUGAGGAACUUAGUGGUACGGACUUGAGAAUGUCGCAAGGAGAUUUCAACAACGGCCAUGAGGUGGUUUCCUCGGUUCGCAAAGGAGCCAGUUCAGUUCCGUUGAGCAGAAAAAGUCUUCAAACUCUUGUUCAGGGGGAAUGGUUUUUCGACGAGGUGGUGGAGUCGUACUUGGCCUUGCUUGCCAACGCUGCGUGGCCUGGGAGUCCCUCUCUUUACAUUUUCAAUCUCUUUUUCUAUAACAAGCUCGUCGGUGGCGGCUAUCGACAUGAUAGGGUUGCAAGAUGGACAAAAGAUGUGGAUAUUUUCUCGUACGAGAUGGUCUUGAUUCCUGUCCAUAAACAUGGAGUGCAUUGGACCCUAUUAUGUCUCCGAGAACAAGGGUUGGAGUACUACGACUCCCUCCUACAAGACGAUGGCGGUUUUUCUUCCGAUUAGGAACUUCACGCAAUAUCUCUGUGACGAAGCAGUUUGUCAUUAUGGUUAAAAAAUGAAAGUGGAUCUCCGGA